AUGGCUGCCCCAAUCACCUGCUCCGCCGAUGCGCUCGCGCCUCUCUUCGGCCCCAACACCACCAACGCCGUGGCUGCCGCCGGCUACAUCUGCAGCCAGUUCACCGCCGUCUCCGAUCGGUUCACGGACACGGCCUUCGCCGUUGACUCGACUUACCUCCUCUUCUCGGCGUACCUUGUCUUUUCGAUGCAGCUGGGAUUCGCCAUGCUCUGCGCCGGAUCCGUCCGCGCCAAGAACACCAUGAACAUCAUGCUCACCAACGUCCUCGACGCGGCCGCUGGCGGCCUCUUCUACUACCUCUUCGGCUUCGCCUUCGCCUUCGGCGGCCCCUCCAACGGCUUCAUCGGCCGCCACUUCUUCGGCCUGAAGGACGUCCCCACCGCCUCCUUCGACUACUCCAACUUCCUCUACCAGUGGGCCUUCGCCAUCGCCGCCGCCGGCAUCACCAGCGGCUCCAUCGCCGAGCGCACCCAGUUCGUCGCCUACCUCAUCUACUCCGCCUUCCUCACCGGUUUCGUCUACCCCGUCGUCUCCCACUGGUUCUGGUCCGCCGACGGCUGGGCCAGCCCCGUCAAAUCCGACAACCUCCUCUUCGGGUCCGGAGUCAUCGACUUCGCCGGGUCGGGCGUGGUCCACAUGGUCGGCGGCAUCGCGGGGCUGUGGGGGGCCCUGAUCGAAGGCCCGAGAAUCGGUCGGUUCGACCACUCGGGCAGGGCCGUGGCCCUCCGCGGCCAUAGCGCCUCCCUCGUCGUCCUCGGCACCUUCCUCCUCUGGUUCGGCUGGUACGGGUUCAACCCCGGGUCAUUCAACCGGAUCCUCGUCCCCUACGCCGCCGGCGGCGGGUACUACGGGCAAUGGUCGGCCGUGGGGCGGACAGCGGUGACGACCACGCUCGCCGGCUGCACCGCGGCGCUGACGACCCUCUUCGUGAAGCGAAUCCUGUCGGGGCACUGGAACGUGACCGACGUCUGCAACGGGCUCCUUGGGGGUUUCGCGGCCAUCACGGCCGGGUGCUCGGUGGUGGAGCCGUGGGCGGCGGUGAUCUGCGGGUUCGUGGCGGCGCUGGUUCUAAUCGGGUGCAACCGGCUGGCGGAGCGGGUCGGGUACGACGACCCGCUGGAGGCGGCGCAGCUACACGGCGGGUGCGGCGCGUGGGGGGUGAUCUUCACGGCGCUGUUUGCGACGGAGAGGUACGUGAACGAGGUUUACCCGGGGAGGCCGGGCAGGCCGUACGGGCUGUUUAUGGGAGGUGGGGGGCGACUGCUGGCGGCCCACGUGAUCCAGAUCUUGGUGAUUAUCGGGUGGGUAUCGGCUACGAUGGGCCCACUCUUCUACAUCCUUAGGAAGCUGAAACUCCUCCGGAUCUCGGAGGACGACGAGCUCGCGGGUAUGGAUCUGACCCGACACGGUGGCUUCGCCUACGUGUACGAGGAUGAGAAGAACAACAACGGCGGCUUGCAGAUGAAGCGAAUAGAGCCCACCACCACUCUCAACAUCUGA